AUGGACGCCGUCCGCUCCGCCCUCCAGCCGAUUACCCACAACCUCCCGGCUCCGAUCCGCGACCUCGGCGUCUCCAUCAUCGGCGAGCAAUGCUACAAGUCCCUCCUCCUGGACAUCAACGUUGAGGAUGUCGACUGCAUCAAGCUCGGCCUCUCCAAGGGCGUCGGCCUCGGCAUCGUCGGCGUCUCGGGCAUCGUCAAGCUCCCGCAGAUCCGCAAGCUGACGGCCUCGCAAUCGGGCGAGGGCAUCUCGGUGCUCUCGUACCUCCUCGAGACGGCCUCGUACAUCGUGUCCCUGGCCUACAACUACCGCAACCAGUUCCCCUUCAGCACCUACGGCGAGACGGCGCUCAUCAUGGGCCAGAACGUCAUCAUCACGGUCCUAGUCCUCAACUAUACCCGCCGCGCCGGCCUCGCCGCCGUCUUCGUGACCGUCCUGGCCGCCGCCGUCGCCGCGCUGUUCACCGGUAACCUGGUGGACAUGCAGACCCUCGGGUACCUGCAGGCUGGCGCGGGCGUGCUGAGCGUCGCGAGCAAGGUCCCGCAAAUCCUGGCCAUCUGGCAGGAGGGCGGCACCGGGCAGCUGAGCGCCUUCGCUGUCUUCAACUACCUCGCUGGCUCUCUAUCCCGCAUCUUCACCACCCUCCAGGAGGUCGACGACAAUCUCAUCCUGUACAACUUCAUCGCCGGCUUCCUCCUGAACGCCGUGCUCGCCGCACAGAUGGCGUACUACUGGAACGCGCCCUCCAAGAAGGCCAAGGGGAAGCAGAAGGUCCCCGUCGCCGCCGCCCCUCCUUCCAGCGGCUCCUCCACGGCCACGUCGACGACGCCCAAGAAGGGCCCCAGCACGCGCCGUCGUGGGUAA